ACUGUGGAACGUUUUGACGUGACGCGACACUCCGUUCCACCCUGCCAGCCUACUGCAAGAUUGCAACUUACAAGCACUCCGAUAAAUAGAGAUUGUCUUUAUUCAGCUUGAAAUUUUCUUCAAUAAAAUGUCCUGCUAGUAUUGAAUUAAUGAUCUGAUGCUCGUACUCUACACCAAAUACAAAAUCGAUGAUGUAGACAUGAGAAUAGACGGAAUAUGUUUUCCUGUAUGGGUGUGUCUGUAAAUGAAUGCCCUAGGUAAUCGUUGUUGUGCAGACCACAGACAUAAAUUUAUUUCUGUGAUGCAAGCGAUCUUAUACGGGACGGAGCAGAGCAAAGAAGUAAAGUAUUGUAUUCCCCGUCUUUGGGAUGGAGAGAGAACAAUCCGUUGGAAUGUCUGUGAAAGGAAGAGUUUUGCUUGGAGUUUGAAUUGUCAGUAGAGUGCAGCAAGAGUGGAUGAGCCGAGAAAAUAAACUUUUUUCUUAAGUGAAUUGCAGAUUGGUAGAGAGUCAACAUGACAACCGACAAGGGAACUGCUACGAGUAACAACCCUUUAGAACAGUUUGUUUUGUUGGCCAAAUCUGCAAAAGGAGCUGCAGCAGUGGAACUUAUCAAACAAGUUUUAGAAGCUCCUGGUGUCCAUGUGUUUGGCGAACUGUUAGAUAUGCCGAAUGUAAUUGAAUUAGAAAGUGGCCCUCAUGCACCCUAUUACCGAGCAUUGCAUUUAUUUGCAUAUGGAACUUACAAACAAUAUCUAGAAAAUAAAGCUCAGCUCCUGGAAUUGACACCUUUGCAGAAAAAGAAAUUGCAACAUCUAACAAUAGUUACACUUGCCACAAAGUCAAAGUGUAUUCCCUAUUCAGUAUUACUACAAGAACUGGAUAUGAAGAACGUGCGAGAUUUGGAAGAUCUCAUCAUUGAAGCCAUUUAUGCUGAUAUUAUUCAUGGGAAACUUGAUCUGAAAAAUAGCCAACUAGAAGUAGACUAUGCAAUUGGAAGAGACAUCCAGCCUGCUGAUCUCGGAUCAAUCGUCUCAACUCUACAAGAAUGGUGCGACUCUUGUGAAACUGUGCUAUCAUGUGUAGAGAUGCAAAUCAAUCGUGCAAACUCAGAGAAGAAUCGUCGGCUGAAACAUAAGGAAGCUGUUGAGCAAGAGAUUGUCAAUAUCAAAAAAACAUUGAAGACUCAAACUCAAGACACUGAUGAGGCGAUGGCAACAGAUACCCGUGAAACGGCAUCGCAGACAGGAGACAAAGGGAAAAAACCUUUCAAAGGCAAAGGAAUUCGUAGCAGUUCUGGGAAAUUUUGGCAAAAAUCCUGAAGUGUGAAAGUUUAUUAUGUGACUAGACAUCAGAGUUCUACCAAAUAGGGAUUGUUGCCUUCAUUGUGCCUCAUCGAGGGAUUGUGAGACUGAAGUGAUAAAAGAAACUGGACUUUGAACUGCAAGCCAUGUAAAUGUCUGUCGUGUUGAUUAAUAAGUCCUUAAUUAUCAUUUACGUUAUUAAAAUUUUUAUUUUUUGAUUGCAGCUGUUUAGUGAAAUGACUGUUUCUUAGAAGCUGUUGCCUUCUAAGAUAUUUGUGAAAAGCAUUGUUCAUUUAUAAGCACUGUGCUCACAAGGUGUGAAUAUAAUUCCUCACACAUUUGAA